ACCGUUGACGGAGGGAAGAAGUCCCAGCCAUGGCUCUGUCGCAGACGUUGGACGACUCCCCGUUGAGGCUGAGUCAAAGACCCGCCGCGGCCGACGUUGUCAACCUGCAGGAAGUCUACAACGAGAGGCACCGGCUGGCUCUGGAGGAGUUGCUCUCCGGCGGGGUCGAGAACUUUCUGGAUUUCCUAAGGAGGGAGAGGAUUCCCAACUUUCUGUCGGACAAUGAGAUCCAGCGGAUCCGGAGCGCCGCCGUGCCUCCGCCGCAGUGCGUGUCGGUUCACGGGGAGGAGCUGGAGCAUUCGCUCGGCAGCUCGUUGGACUGCUCCUCGGUCACUUACUUCCCCGAGGUGUCCGACGUGGAGCCGCCGCUGCUGGAGAUCGGAUGGCCCGCCUUCACCGCGGGCUCUUACCGGGGAGUGACGCGGGCCGUGGCUCACUUCCAGCCCAGCUAUGGAGAGACUAUUUACGCCUGCAAAGAGGCUGCUAGGCGGAUGAUCAAAAGUGCAAAAGAGGUGAUCGCCAUAGUGACGGACUCCCUCACGGACCUGGAUAUCUUUAGGGAUCUCCAGGAGGCGUGCUCCCACCGCAGGGUGCCCGUCUACAUCCUGCUCGACCAGUCAUGCGCUCCCGCUUUCCUGAGGAUGUGCAGGAACGUCGGCGUUCGCCUGGAUGACCUGCGGCAAAUGAGAGUGCGAACCGUCGCUGGCACGACUUACUACAUGAGGUCUGGAGCCAGGAUCACCGGGAAAGUUCAUGAGCGUUUCAUGCUGAUCGAUGGGAACAGAGUGGCCACGGGUUCAUACAGGUUCAACUGGACUGACGGCAAACUGAACAGCAGCAACCUGAUCGAGCUCUCGGGUCAGAUAACAGAGAAGUUCGAUGAGGAGUUCCGCAUCCUCUACGCCCAGUCCCAGCCCAUCAGCGCCCGCGGGCCUCAGAGCGUCCGAGGCAGCGGCGUCUUUGAGCACCUCAGCAUCAAACACUCAGCCGCCUGCUCGCCUCUCGUGAGCAGAGAGAAGCCCGCCGAGCCGGUUCACCUGACCAGCACCCCCAGCCGUAAACCCCAGACAUUACGCGAGCCUUCCUCUCCGAGUACCGGUCAAACCAGCCCGGUGUCCGACUCCUCCACCAUAGACGGGGGCACGAUGGAGCAGAAGCUCUUCCAGGAAGAGGUCUUGGCUGCUACCGCAAAUGAUCGUCCUCCCGCAGAGCGGCAUGCAGAGAAAGACGCAGCGAGCCCCGCUGCCGCCUCCCGCCACGUCUCGACCCAGACCAGCCGUUCGGUGACAGACGGCGACACACAGACCGACGCUCAGCACCUCAGCCCGACUACCGUAGCCAAAACAUCGCGACAGGACAGAUCCCCCAGGCAAGUCCCAGCACCCCACGCAGAUCCGGACACUUCUCUAAAGGACGCCCUUCAUGAGCUGUCCAAAGAGCGGCGGAGCCACUACUCAGCCAUCCGCUCCAAACUGGAACACAUCGUGACCUCCCUGACCGAGAGGCGAGAGCUGGUGGACGUCACCAACGUGACUCAGGGCAUCGGAGCCACUGGCGGCAGUAGGCAGAGGAUCCACAAAGACACAAAUCCCGGACCGCCUGCCGAAAGUGGGGGCAUGGGCACGUGGCCAAGAGCCAGAUGUAUGCACUAGCUCAUCUGCAGGGAUUUUAAGGCUGUAAGGGAGCGGGCAACGAGGUGUUGAGAGGCUUCCUUUGUUCUAAAUGAACACUUUUGGCUUCUACUGAAAAUGUUAUUAUAGAUAUUUUCUUUGUUUUAAUUCUUAGUUGACAUUUUUUUCCUGAAGAUUUCUCUAUAUUUUUUAGGUGCUGGGUUGUAAAUUACCAUUAAAUUAUGCCAGAAAGGGCGUGCCGUGGUGGCGUAGUGGUUAGCGCGACCCAUAUUUGGAGGCCCUGAGUCCUCGAAGCGGCCGUCGCGGGUUCGACUCCCGGACCCGCAUGUCUU